GCCUGCGUUGUGGACGCUCUCGGGGAGCAGCUGCCACCGCCGCUGCUACCACCUCUUUCGGGUGUAGAAUUUGGAAUCCCUGCGCCUCAUUAACAAUGAAGCAGAGUUCGAACGUGCCGGCUUUCCUCAGCAAGCUGUGGACUCUUGUGGAGGAGGCCCACACCAACGAGUUCAUCACCUGGAGCCAGAAUGGCCAGAGUUUUUUGGUUUUGGAUGAACAAAGAUUUGCAAAAGAAAUUCUUCCCAAAUACUUCAAGCAUAAUAACAUGGCAAGCUUUGUGAGGCAACUGAAUAUGUAUGGUUUUCGUAAAGUGGUACACAUUGACUCUGGAAUUAUAAAGCAGGAACGAGAUGGUCCUGUAGAAUUUCAACAUCCUUAUUUUAAACAAGGCCAAGAUGACUUGUUAGAGAAUAUUAAAAGAAAGGUUUCAUCUACAAAACCAGAAGAAAAUAAAAUACGUCAGGAAGAUUUAACAAAAAUUAUGAGUAGUGCUCAGAAGGUUCAAAUAAAACAAGAAACUAUUGAGUCCAGGCUUUCUGAAUUAAAAAGUGAGAACGAGUCCCUUUGGAAGGAGGUAUCAGAAUUACGAGCAAAACAUGCACAACAGCAACAAGUUAUUCGAAAGAUUGUCCAGUUUAUUGUUACACUGGUUCAGAAUAACCAACUCGUGAGUUUAAAACGUAAAAGGCCUCUACUUCUAAAUACUAAUGGAGCCCAAAAGAAGAAUCUGUUUCAGCACAUAGUCAAAGAACCAGCUGAUAAUCACCAUCACAAAGUUCCACACAGUAGGACUGAAGGUUUAAAACAGAGGGAGCGGAUUUCAGAUGAUAUCAUUAUUUAUGACGUUACUGAUGAUAAUGCAGAUGAAGAAAAUAUCCCAGUUAUCCCAGAAACAAAUGAAGAUGUUAUAUCUGAUCCUUCCAACUGUAGCCAGUACCCUGAUAUUGUCAUUGUUGAAGAUGACAAUGAAGAUGAGUAUGUACCUGUCAUUCAGAGUGGGGAUCAGAGUGAACCAGCCAGAGAAUCCCAAGGUUCAGGCAGUGAAGGCACCAGCCCACUCAUGUCUAGUGCCGUCCAGCUAAAUGGCUCAUCCAGUCUGACCACAGAAGAUCCUGUGACCAUGAUGGAUUCUAUUUUAAAUGAUAACAUCAAUCUUUUGGGAAAAGUUGAGCUGUUGGAUUAUCUUGACAGUAUUGACUGCAGUUUAGAGGACUUCCAAGCCAUGCUAUCGGGAAGACAAUUUAGCAUAGACCCAGAUCUCCUGGUUGAUCUUUUCACUAGUUCUGUGCAGAUGAAUCCCACAGAUUACAUCAAUAAUACAAAAUCAGAGAAUAAAGGAUUAGAAACUACCAAGAACAAUGUAGUUCAACCGGUUUCAGAAGAAGGAAGAAAAUCUAAACCCAAACCAGAUAAGCAACUUAUCCAAUACACUGCCUUUCCACUUCUCGCAUUCCUCGAUGGGAAUCCUGCUUCUGCUGUUGAACAGGGGAGUACAGCAUCAUCAGAAGUUAUGUCUUCUGUAGAUAAACCCAUAGAAGUUGAUGAGCUUCUGGAUAGCGGCCUGGAUCCAGAACCAACCCAAAAUUCAUACUUCAUACAUUCCAGGUUCCGGUUAUUAAUGGAUGUUUGCAGCUGUUCCUUCUCAUUUGGAAGCACAAAUCCCAGUAAUGCCAUUUUCAAGUUGUUGUAAAUCUUAGAGUAAUAACUUCAUUGAAAAACUUCCGAAAUGCGUUUGAGGUGAAAUCUUGUGUUAAUAGCUGGCUUGUCAGCUGCUCACUUUAAAAACCAUGAGUUUCUGUACCUUCAGUGAGAUAUCUAUUAUCUUGGAACCCUAAUUGUUAACUGUGCCUGUGUAUUGUUAUUAUGUUCAGUUGUUAGAAGGCAUGCUUAGAAAUAAUGUAAUAAUUUCCAAGGAAAAAUAACACCACUUGCUUAUUUUUUUACUAAUGGGGCUCCUUUGACAUCAAAUGCCAUUCAUUAAGAAUCCCAGUGGAAAUUAAGUUAGAAAUAACUCUUAGACAAAUAUACUUUCCAGUGACCUUAAAAUUAUUUCAAUGUAAGUGAGCCUUUAGAAAAUGGCUUUGUAAUGCCAUUUUCUAUAGAGAUAUGAAAUUCCUAUACCUAUAUUUGCGUUAAUAAAUUCCUCAUCAUUUGUUAAGGAUGUCUUUAUGUUUCUGUUCUAUGGAAAAAGAACAACACAUUUUAAGCUUUAUACUUUUAAAGGUCUAGAUUUUUAACUACCAGGAGAUAAAGAUCUCUCCCAAAAUACUUAUACUUAACAAACACUUCCAAGUGUUCAGUUACUUAUUAGCUCUUUACUUGGAAAAGUGGCUCUAGUUAAUGAGGUACAGUUUCAAGUACAGUUUUGUGAAAGUUGGCUUUUCGCAUCAGUGGCAGAGAAGGUUCUUUGCCUGCCUAAUAGCCGCUCUUCUUUAUUAGUAGAGUCUAAUUUUAUUUCGAGUGGCUGUGUGCCCAGUUAAAAAUACUUAAACUUUCCCAGAUUCUGUGCAGAUAGGGUUGACUUGUGACCCUUAUCUGGCCAAUAAGAUAAUAGAAACUUGAUGGCUAGGGCUUUCUUGAAAGGUACUUUUUCUCUAUGCAAUGUUUUGCUCUUCACCUUCACUGCAUCUGCUCUGCCUAGAAGGAGUAAAAGAGGCCAGAACUAGGGAACACACACCUGUAUUUAUUUCUGCAUCUGUGUAUUUUGAAAACUCCUCAGUUCACACAAAAUGCCUCUAAAUCCAGUCCAGCAUCACACAGUUCUUUGUAGUUUUCUCCAUGUCCAAAUAUGUAACCCCCUUUUCUGACAGUGAGAAACCUUGAUCCCAUUGUCUUUAGUUAUUAAUCUGUAUGUUGCCAAUCCUCCAUCAGUGCCACUUGUGCCCUGUGUGGCUGCCCUCUUUAAUUCAUUUGGGCUCCCAUUACCGCUUGCUGAGCUGCCUCUCCAUGGUGAUGCCCUCUUUACCUUGCUUAUAUGCCAACAUCCUGCAUCAGGCCCCUUCAUCCACAAGAACCCUCUCCUGUACGAAUGACUUCAGUUCAUUCAGGCUCUGAAAUCGUGUGCCUGAUUACCCCACCCCUGAUACAAAUAUCCUUUUCACUUCUUGGUUUUCAACACCCCAUGCCCGAAUACCUUCAUCAGCCUUUUCAGGCUCCACUUCACUCCAGGCUGCCACCCCCUCCCCAGUGUGGACAUCAGACCCUCCUCACACCAGUCAGGUUUUGGCAUCUCACUCUGGACACUGCAGUUCUCCAUCCACUUUGGUACAGGCAUCUACCUUGCUUGGCUCCACCUAAUGGCUUUUGGACAAAUUGUUACACAGGAAGAGAAAAGGCCCAUUGUUUUAAUUUUCAGUUCUUAACAACAAUGUGGUCGAGUAUCUCUUUAUGUGUAAUUUGUGUUUUCUGUGAAUUCCCUGUUUGUAUCUUUUGUCCAUUUUACUCCUAAACUUUUUUUUUAUUAUUAUUAUUCUAAUAUAUAUAUCCAUAAAAAUACAUGUUUGUUAUGUGUGUCACAAUAUUUUUUGCCAGUAUUUGGCUUGCAUUUUAAUAUAUUUUAAUUGUAUCUUCUGAAGCACAAAUGUAUUUUUUUAUUUUAAUGUGGUAGAAUUUAUCAGUCUUUUAUGGUUUGUGUUUUUUUAUAUGUCGUUGAAGCAAUUAUUUCUUACUCUGUAUCUCGUCAUUCAUUUAUUCUCUCCUGUGUUUUUGUCUAUAUGUUUUUAAGGUUUGCUUUUUCACAUUUAGGUAUUCAAUCUACUUGGAGUUGAUUUUAGUAUAUUUUAUGAGCUAUGGAUGGUGUCACAAACUGUUAACACAAGCUUGGCUGCUAACUAAAAGGGUGGAGAUUUGACUCCAUCCAGAGGUGCUUCAAGAAAGACCUAGAGAUCUAAUUCCAAAAAAUCAGCCAUUGAAAACCCCAUGGACAUAUGACCCAGCAGUUCCACUUCUAGGUAUAUACCCUAGGAAGCUAAUAGAAGUGACACAGACAGACAUAUGCACAGCUAUCUUCUUUGCAGCAGUAUUCACAAUAGCAAAAAACUGGAAACAACUUAAAUGCCCAUCAGCAGAUGAAUGGGUAAGUAAAAUGUACAUACAUACAAUGGAAUACUACUAAGCCAUAAAGAAAAAUGAGUUCCCAGAACAUAUAAACCUAGAGGAGAACACUAUGCUGAGCAAAAUAAAAAGUCAGCUACCCAAAAAUAUGAUCUCACUUUUCUGAAUGACAUGAAUAGGUAAAUAUACAGAAAAUUAAUGUUCAUUAGUGGUUUUCAGGGGCUAGGGGGCAGUGGGCAAAGGGGAGAAGCAGUCUCUGUAGUGGUCACUUUUUUAUAGAAAUGGGAAAGGUGGCACCAAAUAUGGGUGAAGUUACAGCAUGACUGAUGUAACGAUGAAAAUAAGCUGUACAUAGAGAAAAGGGAUGUAUGGGCAAAUGCUAGGUUGUGUAUGGUUUUACAACAAUAACAACAACAAAAAAGGAGGUGCUACAGAUGCUAAUAUUAAUGAGACAUAACGUUGCCUUGUGGGAUUAGUUCUCUUGGUUUCGGGAGUUAGGACCAUGGUCUUAUGGGACAGUCCAGUCAGCUGGCAUCAUAUAAUUCUUAAAGUUUAUGUUCUGCCAUUCGGUAUGGUGAGUAAUGUCCCAGGUCUUUUUUUUUUUUUUGAGAAUAUACACAGCAAAACACACCAAUUCAACAGUUUCUACAUGUACACUUCAGUGAUGUUGGUUAUAUUCUAUGAGUUGUGCAAACAUUUCACCCUGCUUUUCUGAGUUGUUCUUUCUCCAUUAACAUAAACUCAUUGCCCCCCAGUUGGCUUUUGUCAGUUUGGACCCAUGUAGAUAGUUCUUAAAAGAGCAUAAUGCUCAAGGCAGACAUUUUUUACUAAUUAAGAAAAACUAUUGGUUGGUUUUAAGAAGAAUUCAGGGGAUAUUUUUGGUUUAAGGUUUAGUGUCUGGGGUCUUAAAGCUUAUGAGCAGCCAUCUGAGAUAAAACUAUGGUGUUUAUUCAUCUGGAACAAAACAAAGAAGGCAACCCAACAAUCAGUGAAGGAACUGGACAACAAGACUAAUUGUCUGCAUGAACCACUGCCUCCUAUACCCUGAGACCAGAAGAACUAGGUGGUGCCCAGCUACCACUACUGAAUGUUCUGAUCAGCAACACAAUAGAUGAAUCCUGAUAAAUAGGGGGGAAAAUGUGGAACAGAAUUUGAAAUUCUUAAAGAAUCCAGACUUACUGGACCUAUUGAGACUGGAAGAGCUCCCAGGACUGGCCCUAAGUUGCUCUUCAAACCUUGAAACUAUUCCCUGAAGCCACCUUUAAAUUAAGUCACAGCCCAGAAAGUAAAGAUUGUCACCCUUGAGUAUUGUGUUUAAAAUAUAUAUAUAUGUAUAAAAGACCAAAGUGUCAACAACUUUGAUAAAGCAUAGCUGAGAAGGUCGAGAGAACAGGGAGAUUAAGUAAAUGGAAGCGAAACAAUGAGAAUGUUGACACAAUGUGAAGAAUGUAUCCAAUGUCACUGACCAUUAUGUCUAGAAAUUCGAAUGGGAGGUUUUACUGUAUAUGUUUUUCACCAAAAAUAAAACCUCACGGUGCACAGUUCUAUUCUGACGUACAUGGGGUCUCUGUGAGUCAGAGUCUACUCUGGCAAUUUUUUUUUUUAAUGAAUUAAAUGCUUCAAUUACAAUUUUUUUUAACUUGAACUACCUGUUACGCCAACACCACUCCUGAAUCAUACAGCCUUUCCCUACUAAUCCAAUAGUCCACAUCUGUCAGCAAUUUAUUGUUCUGAAUAACUUUAUUACCUACCCUGGUGGCAUAGUGGUUAAGAGCUGCAGCUGCUGACCAGGUCAGCAGUUCAAAUCCACCAGGUGCUCCUUGAAAACUCGGUGGGGCAAUUCUACUCUGUCCUAUAGGGUCGCUGUGAAUCUGAAUCGACUCAACGGCAGUGGGAUUGGUGUUAUUGGUUAUGCCUAAACUUCCCAUGGAAGCAGCAGUCAAGAAAUCAAACAAUGUAUUGCACUGGGCAAAUCUGCUGCAAAAGAUCUCUUUAAAGUGGUUAAAAGUAAGAAUACCAGUUUGAGGACCCAAGCCAUGAUAUUUUCAAUCUCAUAUGCAUGCGAAAGUUGGACAAUGAAGAAUGAAGACCAAAGAAUUGAUGCCUUUGAAUUAUGGUGUUGGUGAAGAAUAUUGAAUAUAUCAUGGACUGCCAGAAGACCGAACAAAUCCGUCUGGGAGGAAGUACAGCCAGAGUGUUCCUUAGAAGUGAGGAUGGCAAAACUUCAUCUCAUGUACUUUGGACAUAUUAUCAUAAGGGACAAGUUCCUGGAGAAGAACAUCAUGCUUGGUAAAGUAGAGGGUCAGCAAAAAAUAAGACGACCCUCAAGGAGAUGGCUUGACACAGUGGCUAAAACAAUGUGCUCUAACAUAGCAACAAUUGUGAGGAUGGCCCAGAACCAGGCAGUGUUUGGUUCUGUUGUACACAGGGUUGUUAUGAGUUGGAACUGACUCAAAGGCAACUAAGAACAGCAACGUGCCUACACUGAAGGAGCCUUGGUGGCAUAGUGGUUAAGAACCUCGCUACUAACUGAAAGGUCAAACCCACCAGCUGCUGCAUGGGAAAAAGAUGUGGCAGCCUGCUUCCAUAAAGAUUUACAGCCUUGGAAACUAUAGGGCAGUUUUGCUUUCUCCCAUAGGGUGAUUAUGAGUCAGACUUGAUUCUAUAGCACCUAUUUUUGUUGCUGUUGUUAUGCCUACACUGGGAAGAAGCUCUGCUAUAGGGUCACUCUGAGUUGGAAUCCACUCAAGGGCAAAGGAUAUGCCUACACCUACCAUUUUAGCUUUGAAAUAAGCCGUGAUGUGGUAAGUCCCUGAACCUUGAUCAGAUCUUAUGCAAAAUUUUCUUGAAUAUUCCUGGCCUGUUAGGUCUUUUAUACAAAAUCUUAGGCUCAACUGGUUCAGUUUCCAAAAAAAUCUUUGAUGGAAUUUUUUUGGGAAUUGCACUGAAUUUAUAAUUUGGGGAGAACUAAAUAUUACGUCUUCCAAUUCAUGAACAUGGUGGGGUUCUAUUUACCAAGGUUUUUCUUACUGACUUUCAAUGUUGUUUCCCAUAAAGGGUUUCCACAUUUUUGUGUACCUUAUUUAUUAUUGUUGAUGCUAUUUUAAUUAUCUUUUUUUUUUUUUAAUUCAUUUUCUAACUCUGCUAUUGGUGUGUAGAAACAAAUUUUAUUUUUGGCAAAGAAGCCAGAUUGCCCAGCCCUCCUGCCCCACCUGCAGUUCCUUGGGCAAAAAAAUUACCUCACUAUUUUGUGGUUUGGAUUCCUUCUCUGUAUAAUGGACGUAAUAAUAUUAAUUUUGCUUUGAGGAUUAAAUGAGAAAAUCCAUGUAAAAUACUUAAUAUUACUUAUUUUUUAGGCUUAUUGUUAUCCCAGCCAGUUUGACGAACACUUAUUAAUAAUUUGACUGUAAAUGCAUUUGAAUUUUUGUGUAAGCAAGCAUAUUUUCUUGAAUUAGUUUCUUUCUAAUCUUAUACCUUUAUUUUCCCUUUUUUUUUUUUUCACUCUUCUGUCUAGGACCUCCAGAACUAUAUUCAAAAGAAAUUGUGAUAGCAAACAUUCUUGUUACAUUUCUGUUUUUAAUUUCAGAUAUGCUUUUCAGUUCUAGAAUGUACAUUUGUUCCUAUUUUACGUAUUGAAUUUCUUCGUUGAACUUUUCCGUAUUUUUAUUUUACCCUCUUUUCUUUAAAAAUUUUAUAUUAGGUAUUAAGAGGUCAUUUCCUUCUAAUACUGGUAUCUGGGCUUUCUACGGGACUCCUUUUAUUCACUUUUUUCUCAUAAUAAUGGGUCACAUUUUCCUGCUUUUUCUCAUAUCUUGUAAAUUUUGAUUUUGUGUCAGACAUUGUAAUGAAAGGACCAUGGUAACUGGAAUCAAUAACAUUUGAGUCCUUAUCAUCUGUCAGGAUGCUAAGGUGAGAAGUUGAUCAUUUUGCUCCAACUGGAAAAUGAACUGAAUUCCAGCUUUAGUUUCAGUUCACCUCUUCUUUCAAAUAUCUUGAUGGCAAUACCAGUGUUAACUGCUGGUCCUUCCCUCUGGCAAGACACUAUCAAACAUACUGAAAUUGCAAAAGCUUUUCCAGUCAGUCUCCAACUUCCCAUACUAUCACUCAGCAAAAUUUCAAUGGGGAAAACUGGGCAGAAAAAUCAGAUGUGCUUUUGGCUCCCCUCCAGACUCCAAUCCAUCACUCUAGGUCAUAUGACCUGAAAAGCUCUGCUGGUCUCUCCUGCCCCCUGCAGAGUCCCGUUGUCUACAGCAAGUCAAAUUCUCUACCUGCCCAUGCCUGGACUAGGCAAACCACCUCCAGGAGUAAUGUGGUCACUGAUCUGUGCUCACUAGGAAGGGUUCUUCCUUCUUUAGAAAUUUCCUUUAGACGUCCAGUCUUUGAUUGACUUUUAAAAAAUUAUUUUUCAGUUUAUCUGGCUUAUUCUCUUUGUUUUUUGUUGUUUUGUAUAGUAAGAGCAAUUAUCUGCUUGACCUUCUAUAUCCAGAAUUGGCAAUCCGGUUGCUUUUAAGAUCUUCCCUUUGUUCUUCAAGUUUGCUAUCUUAAGACUAAAUAUGGAUUUGUUUGUAUGGAUCUGCUUGCAAUCCAAGGUGACUCCUAAAUCUGAAAAUAAAUAUUUUUCUUAAAUUCUAGAAGUUUUGUAAAAUAUUAACUCACAUCCUGUCUCUGACUUCUGGCUGGUUAGAACUGGGCAAACGUUUACAUUCUAUCCCCCAUGAUUCUUAAAACUUUCGUAUUUUCCCUGUCUAUUUCCUUGUAGUUUUUGCUCAAAGAAUUCUUUGCAUUCUUUGUAAUGCUUUGAAUCCUUAAUCAUUUUCUAAGAUCUGUCAUUUAUACUGAUUCUUUCUUCAGUUAGGUCUUUAGCCUCUCCAUUAAUUAGUUUUAAAUUUCAGUGACCAUUUUACUUCUAGCUUUAUUUGGAUGUUUUUCAAAUCUGCUUGAUCUUUUUCCAAGAAAAUAUUUUGUAUUUUAUAUUCAACCUUUUGCUUCAGGCACUUUAUAUUCCUCUUUCUUAAUCAUUUUAAACUUUACAUUUAUUUAUACCUAGUAAUUUUACUGUCUGAAGUUUUUGGGUUCCAAUUCUGCUUUUUCUGAUUUCUAUUAGCAGUUGCUCACAGUAACUUUUUGUUUGUUGGUUUUUAAAAUUUUAGAUUGUGAGGUGGGAAUGGUGUGUGACUUGGGUUGAGAGUACAGAGUUCAAAAGAUUUGUUUUGAUGCUACUAUUGUGCUCCAAGAGUAUUACCUUUAAUAUCUCAACUUUGGAGAUCAUGCAGGUAUUAAAAAUUCAAGUCGCAAAUGUGUGAGAGGAAAAGUCUGGUUAAAUUUUGAGUGGAGACUUAUUUUCCAACCAUAAAAAAAGCCAGACAAAUUUCCUUAUCAUCUCCCUUUUUCUGGUUUUGUAUAUAUCUUCCUAGUGUACCCUUUCACUGAGGUAGCCCUUAUCUUUAUUUUCUUGGCACUUGCCACCUCAUAGGAUGACAGACUUUGAUUCUUGUCCUACAUUUUUUUUUUAAAAGAGCCCAGGCCCUUUGAUUAUGAAAACCAGAAAAUGGCCCCAGGAUUUCAACCUUACCAAUACCCACUUCACACUCUGAUUUUUUUCUUUCCAUUUGCCCUUGGUCUGUUACUUUCUUGCAAGCAUAGCAAACAUUUUAUUUUUCCAGAAUUUCUAGUUCCCACCCCCCCUGACAUUAAAUAGUACCUCAUUGCUUCCACUCCUUAGCUCCCGCAGUACCUUCUUAUAGCAGACAUUUACUGAGUACCCUCUCAUUGCAGCUGUUAAAAUCCAACCCUCUGGUUUAGGUACCUCCAUGAAAUAUUUUAAAAUUUCACAGACCAAAAGUGAUUUCUCUCAUUGUGUUAUGUUAUAUCCCGUUACAUUUCUUAAGGAUAGGACUAUUCAUCUUUCAUAUAGUAUAUACUCAGAGUUGUUCAUCAGGUAAAUCUAGAAACUCUUAACCAUGAGAUAUUUAUAUGAUAAAACAAGGUUACAGCUAGAGUAGCAACAGACCCUAUUUUAAAUGCCCUUUAUGUACUAGCACACAAAGGUAGACAUAUAAACUAGUAAGCCAAAAGUUUAGAUUUCAAGAAGCCUAAGGUGUCAUAAUCCUCUUAAUAGUAACUUUCUGACAUUUCUACUGACCUAUAUUUGAAGGAUAACAUGGUCAGCUGCUUUUUUUUUCCCUAAGCAAAAAUAGUAUGACUCAAGUAUUGAAACUAGGAAUGAGGCAACCAAACAUUUGUGUUCGUUUUUCUGAAGUCACGUUUAGAAAACCUUUUCCUAUGCCUCUGUAAUUGUCCCCAGCAUUAAUAUCCUUGAUAUUUUGUGUAAUACAUGUAAGUGUUUGAACUCAUUUUUCCCUUUGCUUUGAAGCAAACAUGGAAUUGGAGAACUUCUGUUAUUUUGUGGGAAAAAAAUUUAGCAUUGUCCCACCUUUAAUACUGAAGAAACUCACGUUGAAUGAAACAUUGAAUAAAAUGUCCUAAGACUAUGGUGAUUCUUAUAUGGGGCAGAAUAUUUUUAUCAGAAUUGUAUUACUAUUUUUUUAAGAAAGGGAAUUUUUUCAUAUAGUAUUUUGGUAGGAAAAAAAAAUGCAUCAAUCAGUGAACAGAAAUAGAAAAAAAAAAACGCUUGGAGGGCACAGCAGGUGUAAACUACCUUACUGACUGCAUGAAAAACAUUAUCUGAGCUAAAGGUCCAUGGACUGAAGGCCUGGGAGGGUAGGGGGGGUAAGAGACACCACUUCAAUUACCUUUGGGAUCUAACCUCAGGAGUCACUUAGAAACAACCAAAAGGGUGAAAACUGCCUUCAAAACAAUUCAAUUUUCAGGACAGAAAAUGGGCUUAGUUAAUCCUCUAGUGCCAGCUUCUUUUUUACUGAGGAGGAAAGUAGGUCUGAGUAUUAUAGCCACCUAAAUUGGAGUUGCUGAAAAAUUAACACACUACACACUUUGUCUGAAUUCAUUUAUUUAUAGAUAGAACACAGCCAUUCAAAAUCUUAGAACACAAUAUCAGUACAGACAAGGUUAGGGAAUUACGUUCAAUUGUUAUAUUCCACUUAUAUAAUAAAUAUUUUAAAAGAGGCAAAUGUAGUUUUUAAAAGCUUCAUUAAGACUAGUAACACGUACAAGUAACUAAGAGUUUCUAAGUUAAUUGUCAUACUGCUUGAUUUUCAGGCUGAAAGAUUAUAAUAACACAUACUUCAUUUACAUGGCAGCAAAUACAAAAACAUUUUAAACUCAAACUGUACAGCGUACUGUAAGCAGUUUAUUCCACAGCACUUUAUCAUUCGCCUGGCCUGAGUUUCCAGGUAGAAAACAUGCUGGCCACCAGCAACCCAAAUCACAUAAAUUACCCACCACUAAUGAGGUGCAAAGUCUAAUAUGCAUGUAUUUUGAAAAGAAAUUAUUUUUGAAUGCCAGAAAGAAUGCUAGUUAUUUCUGGCAGACUUGGAAUUUCCCAGCUUAACCACUCAUUAGCUGUAUUAGCUAUUUAAGUCUGCUUCAGUUUUCUCAUUUUUAAAGUGAGAGAACUGGACUCAAUUUUACCUAAGUAUACCUACUGAAACACAGUAUUUUGCAGUUUCUUCCUGCCCAGUCAAAAGUUUACCACCUUUGUUUUUCAAAACUAACUUCCAAAGUCUUUUUAAGUAACUUACUUCUAACCCAUGAUUUUCCUUUUCAAAAUUUUUGUCUAAUCCUUUUGCAUGUGUUUAUAAUGACUAAAGCAAAGUUCACUGUGUAGGUAUGGAAAAAGGCCAGCCCUACCCAGGGAAGAUUACAAUCUAAUUGGUAUUAAACUUAGUACCCGCCAUUGCCAAUCCGACUUUCUUUGAAGGCUCUGUGCCUCAACCUUCAUGCAAAACCUACACUGUCCAUCAAACAAUUCUCUACCUUUGUUUCUUUUCUUCAGAUCAAGGGGAAAACCUGACAAGAAUUUUCAGACAGCCAGCAUUUAAGUGACUUGGUUAUACAAUCUUAGAAUAGCGAAGUUAUUUGUAGUCUCCUGUAAGGCAAGGCAUCAGAAUUUCAAAAGGCAGUCAUACGUUUCCACUAAUACUUUCUAAAACAGCUUAAGUUCUAACAUAGUUUUAAAAUCAACCUGUCAAGCAAGCAGUUUCGCUUUUAGUAUAAUUCCAGAGGUACACAGCAGUGGAUAAACCUAAGAAUGUACACCUUUCCUAACUCACCAUCAUAUUCAUAAAACUCUCCCCUACAAUUCAUUCAAACACACAUAUCAAUGGGCUUGGCAAGAAAAUAAUGAAUAAAAUGGCAAGCCAUAAAAUCUAAUUCAUGCCAGACCAACACUGAAGAAGUUGCAUGGGAAGCACGCACACACACACACACUCUUUACAAAAGUUGGGAAUACUGCUAAUUUCCAAUAAGCAAUGAUCAAAGUGGGACUUUCAUGCCAGAAGUCCCCGUCAGUCAAAGUCACGAUUUGUAAGAACAAGUGGUGCCACCAGUGUCCAAACAUAGAGCACGAUGCCAAUCCAACUGGAAGAAAUUUUCACCCAGACAGCUGUCCAGUGACUUUUCAUCUCACGAGAAGGCUCAUACCUAAUAUUUAAGGAAAACAAAAAGGGGAGGGGUAGUGGUCAUCUGUCAUCAAGCUGCUAAGUAAACUUAACUUCAUUAUGUCAGGAGUAUUCUAUGUAUACAAUUUGUGGUAACAGGUACACAGCUCCUGAUUCAAAUCUGCAGCCUUGCUUUCCAUAUGUGAAGGUAAAAAAAUCAAUCAUUUUCCUUACUGGAAUGAAGUACACAGGC